UAAAUGUACACUCAAAUCGAAAUCGCCUUGAAGUAGUAACCUUACGUGGCAGUAGUGAGUUGUUCAAUUUAUUGUUCCAGUAUUUUUGUUGAGUGGAAAUUUGUUAUUUUAAUUUAAAAAGAAAAUCAUGAAUCCGCAAUAUUUGCCUCCGCAACAAGGCAAUUUCCAUCCGCCGUCCAACGGUUUUCCACCGAGAACCAACAAUCCAAUGGUUCCAAACAGUAAAAAUGGUCCCACAACAACUGGAUCACCAAAUUUCCUUCCACCAGGUAUGCCACCUCAGAAAAACAUUCAAUUUAACGAUGGACAAUUUGUGGGGCAAUCUCAAAAUCAAAUGCCACCAGCUGGGCUGCCUCCAAGAGAUUUACCACCUACUGGAAUGGUUCCUGUACAGUUAAAUCAACCUGGUAUGCCUCCUGUACAGUCACAAGCUCCUGGUAGAUUUCCACCAUCUCAUAGUCCAGGAAUACCUCCUGCACAACCUGGUUCGUCUCAAAAUCAACAAGGACAACCACCAAGGCCACAUUCACAAACUCAAAUGGGUUCUCCACACAACCAACAACCACCAAUGCCCACUGGGCAGUUGCCACCGUCUCAAAAUCAAAUGGGGCAAUUUCCACCUUCACAAGGGCAACCACCAAUGCCCUCUCAACCUCAAAUGGGUCCUGCAGGUCAGUUUCCACCUUCACAAAAUCAACAAGGGCAACCAUCUGGACAAUUUCCGCCUGUACAAGCCCAACAUGGGCCUCCAGGUCAAUUUCCACCUCCACAAAAACAACAACCUCCAAUGCCCCCUGGGCAGUUGCCACCUUCACAUAAUCAAAUGGGGCAAUUUCCACCUUCACAAAAUCAACAACCGCCAAUGCCCCCUGGGCAGUUGCCACCUUCACAAACUCAAAUGGGACAAUUUCCACCUACACAAGGGCAACCACCAAUGCAUCCUUCACAAGCCCAACAUGGACCUCCAAGUCAGUUUCCACCUUCACAAAAUCAACAACCACCAAUGCCCGCUUCACAAACUCAAAUGGCGCAAUUUCCACCUACACAAAGGCAACCACCAAUGCCUUCUCAAUCUCAAAUGGGUCCUCCAGUUCAGUUCCCGCCUCCUCAACAAGGAAUGUUCCCUGGACAAAAUCAACCUGGAAUUCCUCCAGGGCCCGCUCAAGCAAUAUUGGCUGCCAACAGAAUGGCACAUGGCUUGCCACCCUUACCUCAAACCUCCAAUCAAAUGCCGCCAAUGUUUCUCAAUCCACCACCACCUGGACAAAACUAUGAUCAAGUUACCAGUCAACUGCAAAACAUGUCCAUGAGCGGACCUCACAUGCCACCUCCAGGCUACGCGCAACCAAGGCCUCAAGGCCCUCAAAUGGGAGCCUACCCUCAACAACAACAGCAGCAACAAAAACGUUUGGAUCCCGACCAGAUGCCCAGCCCCAUUCAAGUGAUUCAAGACGAUCAGCAAAACAGAAGCGGACCCUUUGUGACCAACCAAAAAGGUUUGGUGCCUCCUUUGGUCACCACAAACUUUGUAGUUCAAGAUCAAGGUAACGUGAGUCCUAGAUUUAUACGUUCUACAAUGUACAAUGUCCCUAUUACACAGGACAUUAUGAAACAAACUGCUGUACCUUUUAGUUUAGUUAUAAGCCCUAUGGCUAGAUUAGGUAAAGAUGAAUUUGCCAUUCCUAUUAUUAAUUUUGGUGAAUUAGGGCCUGUUAGGUGUAUUAGAUGCAAAGCUUACAUGUGCCCUUAUAUGCAAUUUAUUGAUUCAGGCAGAAGAUUUCAAUGUCUUUUUUGUAAGGCUACCACAGACGUACCUGCUGAGUAUUUCCAGCAUCUAGACCAUACUGGUCAAAGAAUGGAUAAAUUUGAGAGACCAGAAUUAGUAUUAGGCACAUAUGAGUUUGUUGCAACGGCUGAUUAUUGCAGAAACAAUACCCUACCCAAACCUCCUGCUAUAAUUUUCAUUAUUGAUGUUUCCUAUAAUAAUAUUAAGUCUGGUAUGGUGCAUUUGCUUUGUGCCAGAAUGAAGGAGAUUUUGCAAAACCUUCCCUUGGAUCAAGGCCAAGAAAAAAGCAAUAUGCGUGUAGGGUUUAUUACUUAUAACAGCUCUGUGCAUUUUUAUAAUAUUAAGGGUACCUUGGCUGGGCCUCAAAUGAUGGUUGUAGGUGAUACCCAAGAAAUGUUUAUGCCUCUUUUAGAUGGGUUUUUAUGUACACCCGAAGAAUCAGAAAUUGUUAUUGAUUCCUUAAUGGAACAAAUUCCUAAUAUGUUUGCUGACACUAAAGAGACUGAAAUUGUAUUGCUGCCAGCAAUUUUAGCCGGACUAGAAGCUUUGAAGGCUUCUGACUCUACCGGCAAGCUUGUGGUGUUUCAUUCCACUUUGCCUACUGCAGAGGCACCAGGAAAAUUGAAGAAUAGGGACGAUAGGAAGUUGUUGGGUACAGACAAAGAAAAAACAGUAUUGACUCCACAAACUCAAGCUUACAAUCAGCUAGGGCAAGAUUGCGUCGCUGCAGGUUGUUCAGUUGAUUUGUUUGUUUUUAAUAAUUCGUUCAUUGAUAUUGCCACUAUCAGUCAAGUUGCUAGACUAACUGGAGGUGAAGUUUUCAAGUAUACAUAUUUCCAAGCUGAAAUUGAUGGUGAUCGUUUGAUUAAUGAUAUUAUUAUUGACAUCAGUAGGCCGAUUGCUUUUGAUGGUAUUAUGAGGGUGAGGACAUCGACUGGUGUGAGACCAACCGAUUUUUAUGGGUACUUUUUCAUGUCAAAUACUACUGAUGUUGAGUUGGCAAGUUUGGAUUGCGACAAAGGCAUUGCCAUUGAAAUCAAACAUGACGAUAAACUAUCUGAAGAAGAAGGGGUUUAUAUUCAAGCUGCUUUACUUUACACAUCUUGUUCUGGCCAAAGGCGUUUACGUAUAAUGAAUUUGGCAUUGAAAACUUGUUCUCAAAUGGCCGAUUUGUAUAGGAGUUGCGAUUUGGAUACUUUGAUUAAUUUUAUGGCAAAACAGGCUUCGUAUAAGUUGUGGGACAACAGCCCCAAAUCAGUCAAAGAUGCUUUGGUUAGUAGAGCAGCUCAAAUAUUGGCUACUUAUAGGAAAAAUUGUGCCACACCUAGUAGCGCUGGUCAAUUGAUUUUGCCCGAAUGUAUGAAAUUGUUGCCGCUCUAUAUGAAUUGUUUGUUGAAGAGUGAUGCUUUGUCAGGUGGCUCUGAUAUGACUAUAGAUGAUAGGUCUUUUGCGAUGCAAGCUGUUUUAAUGAUGGAUGUUUAUACUUCAGUUAAUUAUUUCUAUCCCAGGCUGAUUCCUUUGCACGAAUUAAAUGAGGAUAAUUUUGAAAUGCCUGCUCCUAUUAGAUGUACUAUUGAAAAAAUGAGCGAGCAAGGGGUGUAUAUUUUAGAAAAUGGUUUACACAUGUUUAUGUGGGUCGGUUUGGGUGCCAGUCCGGAGUUUGUACAAAAUGUCUUUGGGGUUCAGUCAGCAAUACAAAUUGACAUUGAAAAACCUUCUUUGCCUGAGCUAGACAAUCCCUUGUCAAUUGCUGUUAGGAGGAUUAUUGAGGAUAUAAGAAUUGAGAGGCACAGAAGCAUGAGGCUGACUUUGGUAAGACAAAGGGAAAAGUUAGAGCCUGUUUUUAAGCACUUUUUGGUUGAAGAUCGUGGCACCGAUGGGUCGGCUAGUUAUGUGGAUUUUUUAUGUCAUAUGCAUAAGGAAAUUCGAAGCUUAUUGAGCUAGCUUUAUUGAAAACACUCGAUAGUGUAAUCAAAUUUGAAUUUUUUCAUGGUUGUUUACAGUGUGAUGAUAGAGAAUCUGAGGUAAUGAAGCAACUUUUGAGUGCAGAAGAAUUUUUAAGAGCUGUAAACAGCCUAGAAAAAAGUAUAUAUUGUCUUGUAAUCAUGCAUUUCUCAUUUUAAUUUAUGAAAUAUUAUUUUUGGUUAGUUGUAAAAAAAAUGAACUGCACUUUACUUUUUCAAAAUAUUUAUGUUACUUACCAUGACUAUGUUGCUUUGUUAAAACAAUUAUCUGAAAAAUAUUGUAGAUAAAUUUGUAUUGAAUGAGAAUCGAUUUUAUUAACAAUUGGAAUUUUUUGAAACGAUAAUGCCUUGGAACAAAGGCUUAUUUUAUUUUGUUUAAUUAUUAUUGUUGUAUUUUGAAGGCAAACUUUUAUAUAAUUAAUUAUUGUAUUGUUUACUAAUUACAUAAUUAUCAAAUUAUUAGAAACCAAAUUUCCAAUAUUAUUGUAGUUUUAGGUAAAAUGUUUUUGUAUAUAAAUUAUAGCAUCUUUUUUUUUUAAUAUAAUAUCAUGUAUUUUAUUGGAUUUCUUUCUGUUUUAAUUCAGUUUUUUUGUACUAAAGCUCUCAUUACAAAGCCUAAAAUUUGAGAGAAAAAUUGCAAAUAUUCUCUUGAUUGUAAUCAAAAUACAAAAUUAAGGCCCAGUUUUUUCACUUUCUGAUAAACUCUCAGGUAGUGCAAUUUGAUGGAUGGACAACUGUGUCAAUUUUCAUCCAAUUUCAAUGUGAUUAAGCUCUAAUUACUUAAAGCCAAUUAAAUUCUCUACAAACCUAUUUAUUAGGAUUUUAAUUUGGUUUCAACAGUUUUGCACCUGAAUUUGAGAAGGUUCAAAACAAAGGGCAAACCACCUAGGAAUUCUUUGCCAAAAAUGUGGGGAAUUUGAAGGAACUCAUCAGAAUUUAUAAGAAUUUGGAGAAUUAGGAGAAAUUUAUGGGGAAUUUGGAGGAAUUUAAAGGAAAUUGUAGAGUCAUGACAUCACUGAGGUUCACAUUCUUAUUAUAAGAAACACUAAUAAAUGGAAAUUUUUAAAAAAAUCUAGUUUUAUGUUGAACGUUGGACAAUAAUUUUUAGGAAGGAUAAUUUAAAGGAAAUUGUGGGGUCAUGAAGUCACUGAGGUUCACAUUUUUAUUAUAAAAAAUAGUAAUAAAUGGGAAUUUAAACAAAAAUCUAGUUUUGUGUUGGACGUUGGAUAUUCAUUUUUAUUAAAGAAAUUCUCCCAAAAUUUCACUUCAUGAUUUACAGGUCCAAAUUUAAAAAAUUCAAAACAAUGAGUACAUACAGUUUAUGUAGGCUGAAUUCCAAGAUUCUUCAUGUUGUUAUUUUCCACUGGAAAAAUUUGAAAAUUUGGGAAAAUGAGCUUCUCACCUCCUCUCCACAUGCAAAAAGUUUCAAAUUUUUCCGUUCACUAGUUUUCCAGGAAAACUUUGAAAUUUGUGAGAGGGUAUUUUCAACUAAUUCACUUUUUGUAAGUUGAUUUCCAACAUUCUUCAUGUUGUUAUUUUCCACUGCAAAAAUUCAAAAUUUUAGGAAAAUGAGCUUCUCACCUUCCUCUUCACAUGAAAAAAUUUUCAAAUUUUUUCGUUCACUAGUUUUCCAGAAAAACUUUGAAAUGUGUGAAACGGUAUUUUCAACUAAUUCAGUUUUUGUUAGUUGAUUUCCAAGAUUCUUCAUGUUGUUAUUUUCCACUGGAAAAAUUUGAAAUUUUGGGAAAAUGAUCUUCUCACCUUCCUCUUUACAUGCAAAAAGUUUCAAAUUUUU